AUGGCCGCCUCCACCAUGUCCGUCUGCUCUGACGCUUGCACCAACUCCUCCUGGCAGGUGGAUGACUGCCCAGAGAGCUGCUGUGAGCCUAGCUGCUGUGCCCCCAGCUGCUGCCAGCCCAGCUGCUGUGCCCCCAGCUGCUGCCAGCCCAGUUGCUGUGUCCCCAACUGCUGUGCCCCACCCCCCUGCAUUACUCUUGUCUGUACCCCAGUGAGCUGUGGGUCCAGCCCCUGCUGCCAGUCUUCCUGUGCACCCUCAUGCUGCCAGCCAUCCUGCUGUGUGCCUGUCUGCUGCAAGCCUGUCUGCUGUGCACCAGUCUGCUGUGGGGCUUCAUCCUCAUGCUGCCAGCCAUCCUGCUGUGUGACUCUUUGCUGCAAGCCUGUCUGCUGCACACCCAUCUGCUCUGGAUCCUCCUCCUGCUGCCAGCAGUCUAGCUGCCAGCCCUCAUGCUGCCAGCCAUCCUGCUGUGUGCCUGUCUGCUGCAAGCCUGUCUGCUGCAAGCCCUGCUCCAGCGUGUCUUUGCUCUGCCGCCCUGUGUGCAGACCUGCCUGCUGUGUGCCCAGCUCCUCCUGCUGUGCCUCCUCCUGCCAGCCCAGCUGCUGCAAGCCCUGCUCCAGCAUGUCCCUGAUCUGCCGCCCUGCCUGCUCAUGUCCCUCUUGCUGA